AUGUCGGGGCCCUCACAGAACAUGGUCAUGUUCUCAGGCCUCUGGGGGCUGGAGCUGACCGGCCAGGGGAAAAGCAUAAAAGAUGUCAUCGGGAGGAAGGUUAAGGUCGCACUGAAGAAGAAGGUCAAGCUGGAAGUCAAGGGAGACAAAGUUGAAAACAAGGUGCUGGUGCUCACGUCCUGCCGAGCCUUCCUCCUCAGUGCCCGCGUCCCCACCAAGCUUGAGCUUACCUUCAGCUACCUGGACAUUCAUGGGGUCACCUGCAGCAGGCCCACCCAGAUGGUCGUGGAAACCGAGAAAUACAACCUAGCCCUGAGGAUGGCAUCGCCCGAGGACGUGAGCGAGGUGCUGGCCCACGUGGGCUCCUGCCUGCGGAGGACGUUUCCUGGCCUGUCUCCCGUGAAAAUCAUGAAAAGAGUGUCCAUGGAGCCGUCGGAGAGACUGGCCAGCCUGCAGGCCCUGUGGGACAGCCAGCCUGUGCCCGAGCAGGGCCCCUGUGGUGGGUUUUCUCAGAUGUACGCCUGUGUCUGCGACUGGCUGGGGUUCCCGUACAGGGAGGAAGUACAGUGGGAUGUAGACACGAUUUACCUGACACAGGACACCCGGGAGCUGAACCUGCAGGACUUCAGCCACCUCGACCACAGGGACCUGAUCCCGAUCAUCGCUGCCCUGGAAUACAACCAGUGGUUCACAAAGCUGUCCUCCAAGGACCUGAGGCUGUCCACUGAUGUCUGUGAGCAGAUCUUGAGGGUGGUGAGUAGGUCCAGUCGACUGGAAGAGCUGGUGUUGGAAAACGCUGGACUUCGAACGGAUUUUGCACAGAAACUGGCCAGUGCCCUUGCGCAUAACCCCGGCUCCGGGCUGCACACCAUCGACCUUGCCGGCAACCCGCUGGAGGACCGAGGUGUGUCCUCCUUAAGUAUUCAAUUUGCCAAACUCCCAAAGGGAUUAAAGCAUUUAAAUUUAUCUAAAACCUCAUUGUCACCGAAAGGGGUGAACAGCCUUUCUCAGUCACUCAGUGCCAACCCGCUGACCGCCUCCACCCUCACCCACCUCGACCUCUCAGGGAACGCCCUCCGCGGAGACGACCUCUCGUACAUGUACAGUUUUUUGGCCCAGCCAAAUGCCCUCGCUCACCUGGAUUUAUCCAACACAGAGUGUUCCCUGGACAUGGUCUGCGGUGCUCUGCUCCGUGGGUGCCUUCAGUACCUGGCUGUGCUCAACCUCUCCAGGACCGUCUUCUCUCACCGGAAAGGAAAGGAGGUCCCGCCAUCGUUUAAGCAGUUUUUCAGCAGCUCCCUGGCCCUGACUCACAUCAACCUCUCAGGCACGAAACUGUCCCCCGAGCCCUUAAAGGCGCUGCUGCUCAGCCUGACCAGCAACCACAACCUGAAGGCCGUGUCCCUGGACCUGAGCGGCUGUGAGCUGAGGUCGGGGGGCGCCCAGGUGCUGGAGGGCUGCAUCGCCGAGAUCCACAACAUCACCAGCCUGGACAUCUCCGACAACGGUCUAGAGUCCGACCUCUCCACCUUAAUCGUGUGGCUCAGUAAAAACAGAUCCAUACAGCACCUGGCGUUAGGCAAGAACUUCAACAACAUGAAAUCCAAAAACCUGGCCCCCGUGUUGGACAACUUGGUACAGAUGAUCCAAGACGAAGAAUCGCCUCUGCAGUCCCUGUCCCUGGCCGACUCCAAACUCAAGACCGAGGUCACCAUCAUCAUCAAUGCCCUGGGGAGCAACACGUCCCUGACCAAAGUGGACAUCAGCGGGAACGCCAUGGGGGACAUGGGCGCCAAGAUGCUGGCCAAGGCCCUGCAGAUCAACACCAAGCUCAGGACGGUGAUCUGGGACAAGAACAACAUUACUGCACAAGGCUUUCAGGACAUAGCUGUUGCUAUGGAAAAGAACUACACGCUGAGAUUCAUGCCGAUUCCCAUGUAUGACGCUGCUCAGGCCCUCAAGACAAACCCCGAGAGGACGGAGGAGGCUCUGCAGAAGAUAGAAAACUACCUGCUCCGGAACCACGAGACCAGAAAGUACCUUCAGGAGCAGGCCUACCGCCUGCAGCAGGGCAUCGUCACCAGCACCACGCAGCAGAUGAUCGACAGGAUAUGCGUGAAGGUCCAGGAUCAUCUCAACUCCCUGCGGAACUGUGAGGGAGACGCCGUCCAGGAAGACGUGAGGUCGGCCGAGCGGCUCAUGCGGGACGCCAAGAACUCCAAGACGUUGUUACCAAAUUUAUACCACGUUGGCAGCACGUCUUGGGCGGGAGCCGGUGGCUUGUUAUCGAGUCCGAUUCAGGAGACACUGGAGUCGAUGGCUGGGGAGGUCACGAGAGUUGUCGACGAACAACUGAAGGCUCUGCUGGAGUCCAUGGUCGACGCCGCCGAGAACCUGUGUCCCAACGUGAUGAAGCGGGCGCACAUCCGGCAGGACCUGAUCCACGCCAGCACCGAGAAGAUCUCCAUCCCGCGGACCUUCGUGAAGAACGUGCUGCUGGAGCAGUCGGGCGUGGACAUCCUCAACAAGAUCAGCGAAGUGAAGUUGACAGUGGCCUCCUUCCUGUCCGACCGGAUCGUGGAUGAAAUCCUGGACGCCCUGUCUAGCUGCCACCACAGACUGACCGACCACUUCAGCCGGCGGGGCCGGACCCUGCCCGCCCCCGAGGCCGCGGACGUGGAGCCGGCGGACGAGAAGCCGGCCAAGCGCCCGGUCCUCACGGUGGAGGAGCUCACGGAGCUGGAGCGCCUGGAGGACCUGGACACGUGUAUGAUGACCCCUAAGUCCAAAAGGAAGACCAUCCACAGCCGGAUGCUGCGGCCGGUGUCCAGGGCCUUCGAAAUGGAGUUUGAUCUGGACAAGGCCCUGGAGGAGGUGCCCAUCCACAUCGAAGACCCGCCUUUCCCAUCCGGCCGGGCAGAGAAGCGGAGCUCGGGCUUCAUCGCCGAGCUGCCGUCCGAGGAGGGGAGGAAGCUGGAGCAUUUCACCAAGCUGAGGCCACGGCGCAACAAGAAGCAGAGGCCCACCCAGGCGGCGGUCUGCGCUGUGACCGUGGUCGCCCAGGACGGCGAGCAGAACGGCCUCAUGGGGAGAGUGGACGAAGGGGUGGAUGAAUUCUUCACCAAGAAGGUGACCAGGAUGAGAUCGUCAGCAAGAGGCCCGGAGUCCCAGGACCUCGGUGAAGGAGGCGAUGAAAAGAAGAAGAGAGAAUCUCGGCGGAGCGGCUUCCUCAAUCUGAUCAAAUCCCGGUCGAGAUCUGAGCGGCCGCCCACGGUCCUGAUGGCAGAGGAACCGUCCUCACCGAAAGGGGUGGUCAGAAGUCCGGCCGUGGACACACCCAGGAGGGACUCGAGGCCGGCCGAGCACAACGGCAACUCGGAACGGACGGAGGAGAUAAAAACGCCCGAGCCCCUCGAGGAGGGUCACGGGGAAGACGUGGGGAGGCCGGAGCACGGUGACGGCAGGGGCAGCCCGCAGGGGGGCCGGAGGUACGGGGUCCAGGUGAUGGGCAGCAGCCUGAUGGCCGAGAUGAAAGCCAAGCAGGAGCGCCGAGCGGCCUGUGCGCACAAGAAGCUUGGAAAUGAUGCCGCCUCCCAGGAGCCACCCAGCCUGGCCGGGAGCACAGAGCAGCUGGAUGGAGGUGGGGCAGGGCCUAAACUGCACUCGGCUCUCCCGGGGACCCCAGAGAAGAACUCCAAAGUGGACUCCCCCCGAGUGGACGCGGGCUUCCGGGGCCGCAGCUCCUCGAACGCCAGGCCCUCCCUGCAGUCUCCCAAGCCCAGCCCGGCGGUGCGGCCCGCCAUCCCGCAGAAGCCAAGGACCGCCUCGCGGCCUGAGGACGCCCCCGACUCUCCGCCCGGCCUCGGUUCCCCCAAAGUUGCGCUUCUUCCUCCCGCCCUGAAAAAAGUCCCUGCAGACAGGGAGCGAGAAGGCCAGGGGAGCCCCCAGCCCAGCCCCAGGACAUUUUCCCAGGAAGUUUCGAGGAGGAGCUGGGGCCAGCCGCCCCCGGAGUACCAGGAGCAGAAGCCGUGGUCCCCGAGCAAAGACGGCCGGCAAGGCAGCAAGUCCAGUGACUCCGGGGAGGAGGCGGAGAAAGAGUUCAUCUUCGUGUGACGGCCCUGCCGCAGGCGUCCCCGAGCAGGGCGGGCGGCCGGGCGGGCGGCCUCCGAGGGGCGCCCAGGGCAGCUGCUCGGGGCCCUCUUCUCUCGGGCUCUUUUCUUUGCUUUUCCUUCUUUCCUUUCAUUUUUUUUUUGAAAACAGAAACAGAUCCAUGUCUUGGUAAUCAAAGCACAUUUGUUCGGGCUUCUCUCAGCCCUCGGCAUUUAAUUAACCCUAAGCAUUCCUUCCUAUGCCUUCAUCCAAUGCCGGCAGGCACCCUGCGGGCCAUACUUGAAUUUCUCAGAGGCAGCUGCCCUCUGCCCGGCAGGAGAGCGUCUGGGGCACACAGCUGACUGGACGCUCGCUCGCACAGGGACCCGCCCAGGUGACGGUGGGUCCUGCCGGACGUACCUGCAUCAGAUGGGCGCCUGACCCGAUAGAGCGGCUUACUCCCGCUGUAAGCAAUUGCACAUUGUAAUUAUAACAGAGCACACUAAUAAAUCGUUUGUAUAAAUUAUAUAUAUUAGGCCUCGGGUAUGGUUUCUCCAUCCUCCGUGGGGAGCACCUUCCUUCCUGGGGCGGGGUUGUGUGUUCCCACGGGGCCGGCGACCCCGGCGACCCCAUCGACAGGCACGGUGAGGGCAGAUCGCGGCCGGGGCUGCUGCUCCCACCUGCGCGGUUCACGUGUACAGUUGACUGGAACGAGGGUUUACGGAUAUUUGUGGUUUUUGAUUUUUUCAUUUCUGUCUGCAUAUUAGCUUUGGAUGUGUGAUUUUAAGAGAGAACACUCGGACACCUGUAAAAAAAUCAGAAUACUACUCUUUUUAAGAUAUUUCACAAAUAGUCACUUACCUGAUGAGCUGAAGGUAUUUUAUCCAUAUGUAUAUUUAUACCAAUAAAAUGAUUUUACAAGUGAAA